AUGCGUGAUAUCACAUCACAUAUACUUUAUUUAUUUUCGCACGUUAAAAUGAAUAAACGAGAACCAGACUAUCCCGUGGAGUUAGAGUCGCAAUUUGUAAUGAGAUUGCCUGAAGAACCAGCUAAGGCACUGCGAGAAGUAUUAAGAUCUGGAGAAAACAUCAAGAAUAGGUUGACUAUUCAGAUGGAUAAUGACAUGCGACACGGCGAAGUCCGUUUCGAUCAUUGGCUCUUACAUUCAAAAAUAGUGGAUCUGCCUACCAUCGUAGAAUCACUGAAGACUAUCGACAGGAAGAGUGUAUACAAAUCAGCUGAUAUUUGUCAAAUGAUGAUUUGUAAAGAUGAACUGGACCCAACUUCAACAGAAGAAGAGUCUCCGACUAAAAAUAAAAAGAAGGAUCCCUUCAAAGUUGACAAAAAAUUCUUGUGGCCUCAUGGAGUUACACCACCAACAAAGAAUGUCAGGAAAAGGCGUUUCAGGAAAACUUUAAAGAAGAAAUCUGCUGAAGCUCCAGAAAUUGAGAAAGAAGUAAAGAGGUUACUUCGAGCUGACAAUGAAGCCAUUAGUGUUACUUGGGAGGUUAUUCAAGAGGAGGAUGAACAUGCUAAACCAGAGCCUGGCCCUUCAGGCAAACCUGAAAGGAAGACAAAGAAGGAAACUAUCAAAGCUGAGGCAGCUAAUCAAUCCUCGUCAAAGGUUGAGGACAUAUUUGGUGGAGCACUCAGUGACUCAGAUCUAGAGGAAGAAAAUGUAAAUGUAGAUGUGGAAGACAGUCAUUUAUCAUCAUAUGGAGAUCAUUUUUCAGACUCAUCUGCUCAAGGCCCUGUUGACCUAAAAGCAACCCAGUUCAGCUCUGAUAUGUUCAAUUCACCCCACACUUCUCAAAGACCACAUGCUCGAGCAACUACAUCAAUGGAUCAAGCAGGACCUUCCAUGUACAAAAGGAAUGAACAGUAUUUAACUGAUGAGUUCAUGCAUCAAUCAUCUGAUAAUGUCACAUUCAAGUUGCAGCAACUGGGUGCUGAAUUGGAAGAGCUAAAGCAGAGACGUCAACGAACUCAACUGGAAAUAUCAGGCAUGGAAAACAUGACUUUACGACAGAGAUUCCAAGAUGUUCUCCAAACUCUGAACAAGGAAAUUAUGUAUAAAGAAAUUGAGUAUCAAAAACUACGGUCUCUGCUCAAGUAAACAUUUACCAUUGAUAUUAUGUUACAAUGAAUUUAAGACAUAAAUGAUUAUCAUUAGUUGCAGGUUUCUUACUAUGGUAUGGCUUUUUAUUAUUUUCUGUGCUAAUCUCUAAGCAGUGAUAAUGAUUUGAGAAUAAACAUGAAUGUCUUAAAAUCUAUAAUGUAAGAUUUAUUUCAAUAUGGAAGUGUAAAAUUUACUCAUGUAUUUAACUCAUAAUAAACUUU